AGUACUUUUACUUAAUGAAAGAUCUGAAUACUAUUGUCCAGGUGUAUUUCCUGUGUGUGUUACCUUCUCCUCCACCUCUCCAGAUCCACUGGUGUUCAGGUGUACUUCCUGUGUGUGUGUUACCUUCUCCUCCACCUUUCCAGAUCCACUGGAAGCUGUGUGUGUUCUGCCUGCUGUGUGAGGCGUACCUCCGGUGGUCUCUGCUCCACGGCGCCGAGCAGAGCGGCGACCCCGCUGACAUCAUCAGGUACACCAAGCAGUGGGAGUUCUACGGCAUGUUUGGAUUGGCCGCCCUCGAGCUGGCGGCGUUCUGCGGCGGGGUGCUGUGCUUCCUCUGGGUGGGGGUGCGUCCCCUGCAGGGCGGGACCCCCGAGCUCGGCCUGGUCCUCAGAGCCCUGCUGCUGUCCUGCUACGGGAAGGUCCUCCUCAUCCCCGCUGUGAUCUGGGAGCACGACUACUCGCCGCUCUGCCUGGGCCUCAUCAAACUGUUUGUGCUCACCUCGAACUCGCAGGCUAUCAGAGUGAUCCUGAACAGCAGCAGACGCUGGUCCCUGACGGCCGUGUGUGUAGGCCUGCUGUCGGAGACCUGCGUGGCUCAGGCCUGCGAAAACCUGCCCUGGAGCAUCCAGGACAUGUUGACGUUGGAAUGACACAUGUGAGUAUUCUCAGGGAGAGACACGGGAUCGAGGACGCCGGCCUGGGCCAGACAGACGCAGGUGUUAAUGAACCCUCUACACAUGGGAAUGGACAUGUUUUCAAGUCUUUUUGCAGCAGAAGAGACAUUGUUGUUGUUUUUUCUGCACUCUUUGGAGAGAAAAAGAUCCAUUUUUUUUAUUUUGGAAGGAUGUCAAGGAGUUGGCAUUGGCCCUCCUGUUUUUCAUUUUAGUUUAAAAGUGGACAAUAAGCUCAAAAUUCAAGUGAGAUUUUGAGCUGAGGCAUGGGGACGUCUCCGGAUUUGAACCAAGUUCUCACAGCCACUCUACACAAAAACACACACACAGACACACACACACACACACAGAUGCUGAGGUUGUAAUUUCACAAUGACGGCUCCUCUGUUUGGACAGGACCCGGCAACGAGCUCCACAUUCUUCAGCUCAUUGGUGAAAUGCUUACCUUAACUCACACACACACACACAGAAACACACACACACACACACACACACACACACACACACACACACACACACACACACACAGAGCACACAGGAACACAGGCACACACACAAACACACAGGAACAGCGGAAACUCACACCGAAACACACACAUGCACACAACACACAAACACACACACACACACACACACACUCACACAGGAACACAUAUGCACACAAAGCACACACACACACAGGAACACACACAGGAACACAUGCACACAGGAACACACACAUGAACACAUGCACACUCACACAGGGACACAUGCACACAACACACACACACACACAGAAACACACGCACACAAUACACACAGGAACACAUGCACACUCAGAAACACACACAUAAACACACACACACAUACAGAAACACACACACAUGCAGUGUAAAUUGUGAGAACAAAAUGAGAAUAAAUUGAUAAAUAAAGCAGAGUUUUGACAUCCCA